GCGGCGGGUCCACAGGUGUGACCCUUUCCCUCCCUACUCUUCCCUUCCUCGUCCCUUCAUCUCGGGAUCCCCAGCGAGGGACAAUCUCGGCCAGGAGACCCCUCCCCAGCCCACCGCGCCCCCUCCCCUGGAGUCUUCCCGUGAAGAAGAAGGGGGCUGCUCCGGAGGCCCCACCCUUGGCCAGGGAGAGAGGGAGGGAGGGAGGAAGGAGGGAGGGGCGCCGCGCGUGCCCUGUCCUUGAUCUUGCCCCUCCCUUUAGGGCCCCCCCCUCCUCCUCCUCCUCGGCCUUAAGUCGUGGUGACCCCUGACCCCUCCUCGACCUGCCACUGACCGGGGGCCACGAUGCCUGCGCUCCGGAAGCACCUGGAGGCCCUCAGCGUCUUCCAGUGGGUGCUCACCUUCCUCUUCUUCGGUCUCUUCUUCUCGGCGCUGCUCCUCUUCCUGCUCUUCACCUCCUUCUGGCCCGUCUCCGUCCUCUACUUCGCCUGGUGGGUCGCGGACUGGGACACCCCCCACAGAGGCGGUCGUCCAAGCGACUGGAUGCGGCGCUGGAGAGUCUGGGAGCUGCACAGGGACUAUUUCCCUAUCAAGCUGGUGAAGACGGCGGAGCUGCCCCCCUCGCGAAACUUCGUGCUGGGGGCCCACCCGCACGGGAUCAUCUGCGCAGGCGCCUUCUCGGCCUUCUGCACGGAGGCCACGGGCUUCUCGCGCCUCUUCCCGGGGCUCCGCCCACACCUGGCGCUCCUGGCCGGACUCUUCCACCUGCCCGUCUACCGCGAGUACAUGAUGAGCUCCGGGAUGAUCCCGGUGAGCAAGGCGUCGCUGGACUUCGUGCUGCGGGGGGGCCCCGGGCAGGCGGUGGCCAUCGUGGUGGGCGGGGCCUCGGAGUCGCUGGAGGGGGCGCCGGGGGAGCACCGCGUCCGUCUCCGCGGGAGGAGGGGCUUCGUGCGCCUGGCGCUGCAGCACGGGGCCGACCUGGUGCCGGUGUACUGCUUCGGGGAGAACGACAUCUUCCGGCAGGCGCGCUUCCGGGAAGGCAGCCUGGGCCGGCGCCUCCAGGUCCGCUUCAAGCAGCUCACGGGCUUCGCGCCCUGUCUCUUCGCCGGGAGGGGCCUCCUCUGCCCCCGCCUCCCGGGCAUCCUCCCCCUCAACGCCCCCCUCACCGUCGUCGUGGGGAAGCCGAUCCCCGUCCCGCGGCGCCCGGUCCCCUCGGAGGAGGAGGUGUCGGAGUUCCACGCGCGUUACGUGGCGGCGCUGCAGGAGCUCUUCGAGGCCCACAAGGGCAGCUGCGGACUCGCCCCCUCGGACCACCUCGCCAUCGACUGACGCGCCCCCACUCGCCCACCCGGAGCGGAGAAGAGCAGACCGGGGGAGCCCCUCUCCCCCACGA